AUGAUACCCUUUCUUCUAGUUAUCACAUUGUGUCAGCAAUGUACCAUCUAUGGUAUUAAUCCCGGUAAAAAAGACACACAACCUUGUGAUGGAAACAUCACAUUCGAUGUAUCAAGGACCAUAAACAUGAAAUGCAUAAGGUACUUUAUCUGCACGUCAAGGGGGAUGAAAUACGAAUCAUACGAUGUAAUUAAGAAAAAUUACAUCACCAAGGUUGUGGACGGACCUAUUGAGAUUUGGAAAGCUAAACCUGAUGGUGAGCAAUGUCGCGUUGUUGAACAUUAUUCGAAACCUGGGUUUCAAGAUCUGCUUGUUCUAAGAGUUUUAGGAAAAACGAGCUUCUACAAGUUUCACUUUGAAAAACAUGGUCGAGAAUGGCACGAAAUUGAUGAGGAAACGUUUGAAGCGAAAGAAGAGAUGAAGACUUCAAAACCUAAUAGUCCAUCUAACAAGGUUGAUACAGUGAUUGAAUGGAAUCAUUCAGGUUAUGAAACAGAUGAAGAUAUGUUAUUAGAAGAAACAAGUAUCUCGCAGGGCGAAUAUGAAAGGACAGAUACUACCAAAAUACCUUCAUUGUCACACUACAUUAUACUUGACAUUUUUCAUCCAGACAAAAGCAUCAUUUCUCUAUACGAAUACCAGUUUUCUGGAGUAAUUCACGGGCAGUAUACUACAGAUGGUAUAAGACCUAUGAAUGUAAUUAUUGAUGGCGCAUCACUCAUUCAUAUAGUAAAACAUGGAAAGUGCACACUUGUAGGAUAUCACAAGAAUAGGAACAACAUUCUCAUAACUCUGUGGAUUUUUAGCACAGGUGUAAAACUAAAACAUUUUGAAAAGGUUUACGAUAAAUGGAACGAAAUCAGCCAAGGAGACCUUUUUAACAAAUUACGAGUAAUGAUGUGUCCAUAUGGAGAUAGUCAGAAAAGGCAUAAAGCUUCACCUUCAGAAUCCUCUUCCACAGCAUCCACUCUCUUUCAGACUUAUAUUCUCAAGCUUAUAAAUGUUGGAUGUACUUUGGGGGAAAAUGCUUCAUAUAACUAUAGCAGUGACACCUCUUCGUUCUACUACUGUGGAGAACAAUUUGAAUCUGAAAAUGGAGAGCAAAGCGAUGAAUCUAGCGAUAUUGAGGUUGUAUCAAAUUAUGGAGGUGUUUCAAACUCAGUAAGUGCUGAUGACGAAUUUAGUUUUUCAUAUCCUUGCGAUCAAAACUUCAUAUGGGAGGGCAUAAACACUCAAUUAGGUUUGUCUAGUAAAAGAGAGACUAUGCAUAAAAACACAAGCACACAAACAACGAAAGGGGAUAUAGUACCGGAAGACACUCGUUCUGAGUCUAGGGCAAAAGUAUAUCAUGAGAUUGUGGUUGAAGAUUCCACCGGGUAUUACGAUCUAUUACUUUUAUCUGAUGGCGAAAAGAGACAAGAAAAUGAGGAUGGAUCAAAUUCAAAAAUUUUCCAGUAUAUUUACAUUAUAGAAUCUGGCAAAAAGGUUCCGAUUAAAUCCAGUAUUCAGCAUAUUAGGAAACAGUUUGUUUUUGUUGUCUUUGACAUAUCUUCACUUGUAGAAGGGAAUGAGAAGAUGCUUAUGUCUAACUCUAAUAUAAUUUAUCUAAUAGUGAAUAAAUUUUCAAAUGUUUUUAUCACAAAGGUGGUUGACGGCUCUGAUGUGAUGUGGAAAGGGGUGGACGGAGAAGUUUGUAUUUCCGUUUCCUUCCUCUCCAGGGGAAGCAGACCUCUACAUAUUGUGCUUGAAAUAGAUAGGGUAGGUGUAACGAGAAAUAAGAUUCACUUUGAACGCAACGUUUCGGGAUGGAGUAUACUUCCAGAGGAAUUAUUCAAGAUCAGGAUUGAAAAGCUAAUUUCCGGUUCAAUCAACUCAUUUCCCGCAAAUUCCUCUUUUAAAACCUCAGUUUUACUACUUUUGCUCUGGUUGGCCAUGUAA